GGGGCGGCGGCGGCGGCUGAGCGACCCUAGGUCGGGCGCGUGAUGAGGCGGGGCCGGCGCCAGACCCCGCUGCACGUCGGAGCUCGCCUGGAUCCGGGCGUUGGCAGCCGAAGGGCCCUGGCCCCGGGACUCUCCGCCGCUAGCCCCCGUCAUAUCUUCUCCGCUUUCGCUUCUCCACUCUAGCCGGGGGUGGGGUGGGGUUGGGGUCUCCGCGGAGGUUUCCGGUCCCGCGGCCCGCUCCCGGCUGUGCCUGGAGGAGUUCUCCCUCUGUGCCGCGCGGGAGCCCUGUGCCGCGUCAGCCGGCGGGACGGCUGAGUUGCUUCUCUGGGAAAACGUCCCCGCUUCCUCACGACCCUCCCCGCUCCCGCCUGGGUGCCCCUCGGGCCGGCAGUACUCAGCCUCUGGGCGCUCGAAGCGAGUUCCCGGGAGGCUGGUUCGCAGGCACCCCUUCCCCUCCGAGGCGGCGCGCGCGCUCCCGGCCCUCACCGCGGCCGGACACACUCGCGCCCCGGUCCGCCUGUCGCCCUCCCGCCUGCUCCCUCCAGUCACCCCACCCUUAGCUGUCCCCGCCACCUUACUCCACCACCCUCCCCCGCCUCUCCGUGCACUCCGCGUCCCGGCCUCCAGUUCCCCUUUCCCUUGAACCGCUCACUUCACAGCCCUUCGCCCCCGGGAAGAAGAAACAUUUCCCGAAGCGUACUCCUCAGCCCUCCUUCCCCACGCGCUCGCCCUCCCCUCCCCUCCCCCUGCUCUUUCUUGGGGGAGGGGGGCUGUCGCCUUGGAUUGAAGGCCAUUGAUUUGUAUGUAUUUGUCCCAGCGCUGGAGGCUGCCCCAGCCGCCGCGCCGGUGCCGCCGCUGCCAGUGGAGUUGCCUCCCCGCUUCCCUAGGGUGGUUCGGCUCCACCAAACAUGUCGGCUCCUGUCGGGCCCCGGGGCCGCCCGGCUCCCUCCCCGGCGGCCUCUCAGCCGCCUCUGCAGCCCGAGAUGCCUGACCUCAGCCACCUCACGGAGGAGGAGAGGAAAAUCAUCCUGGCCGUCAUGGAUAGGCAGAAGAAAGAAGAGGAGAAGGAGCAGUCCGUGCUCAAGGUCAAAGAAGAACACAAACCACAACUGACACAGUGGUUUCCCUUUAGUGGAAUCACUGAACUGGUAAAUAACGUUCUUCAGCCCCAGCAAAAACAACAAAAUGAAAAGGAGCCCCAGACAAAACUGCAUCAGCAGUUUGAAAUGUAUAAAGAGCAGGUAAAGAAGAUGGGAGAAGAAUCACAGCAACAGCAAGAACAGAAGGGUGAUGCGCCAACCUGUGGUAUCUGCCACAAAACAAAGUUUGCUGAUGGAUGUGGCCAUAACUGUUCAUAUUGCCAAACAAAGUUCUGUGCUCGUUGUGGAGGUCGAGUGUCAUUACGCUCAAACAAGGUUAUGUGGGUAUGUAAUUUGUGCCGAAAACAACAAGAAAUCCUCACUAAAUCAGGAGCAUGGUUUUAUAAUAGUGGAUCUAAUACACCACAGCAACCUGAUCAAAAGGUUCUUCGAGGGCUAAGAAAUGAGGAGGCACCCCAGGAGAAGAAACCAAAACUACAUGAGCAGACCCAGUUCCAAGGACCCUCAGGUGACUUAUCUGUACCUGCAGUGGAGAAAAGUCGAUCUCAUGGGCUCACAAGACAGGAUUCUAUUAAAAAUGGGUCAGGCGUGAAGCAUCACAUUGCCAGUGACAUAGCUUCAGACAGGAAAACUUCCUCUGAACUUCUGAACUCCAAGACUAUUUCAAGGAAAAGAAGCCCAUCUGUGUCCAGAGAUCAGAAUAGAAGAUACGACCAAAGGGAAGAAAGAGAGGAAUAUUCACAGUAUGCUACUUCGGAUACCGCAAUGCCUAGAUCUCCUUCAGAUUAUGCUGAUAGGCGAUCUCAACAUGAACCUCAGUUUUAUGAAGACUCUGAUCAUUUAAGUUAUAGGGACUCCAACAGGAGAAGUCAUAGGCAUUCCAAAGAAUAUAUUGUAGAUGAUGAGGAUGUGGAAAGCAGAGAUGAAUAUGAAAGACAAAGGAGAGAGGAAGAGUACCAGUCACGCUACCGAAGUGAUCCGAAUUUGGCCCGUUAUCCAGUAAAGCCACAACCCUAUGAAGAACAAAUGCGGAUCCAUGCUGAAGUGUCCCGGGCACGGCAUGAGAGAAGGCAUAGUGAUGUUUCUUUGGCAAAUGCUGACCUGGAAGAUUCCAGGAUUUCUAUGCUAAGGAUGGACCGACCAUCAAGACAAAGAUCUAUAUCAGAACGUAGAGUUGCCAUGGAAAAUCAGCGAUCUUAUUCAAUGGAAAGAACUCGAGAGGCUCAGGGACCAAGUUCUUAUGCACAAAGGACCACAAACCAUAGUCCUCCUACCCCCAGGAGGAGUCCACUACCCAUAGAUAGACCAGACUUGAGGCGUACUGACUCACUACGGAAACAGCACCACUUAGAUCCUAGCUCUGCUGUAAGAAAAACAAAACGGGAAAAAAUGGAAACAAUGUUAAGGAAUGAUUCUCUCAGUUCAGACCAGUCAGAGUCAGUGAGACCUCCACCACCAAAGCCUCAUAAAUCAAAGAAAGGAGGUAAAAUGCGCCAGGUUUCGUUGAGCAGUUCGGAGGAGGAAUUGGCUUCCACGCCCGAAUAUACAAGUUGUGAUGAUGUUGAGAUUGAAAGUGAGAGUGUAAGUGAAAAAGGGGACAGUCAAAAGGGAAAAAGAAAAACUAGUGAGCAGGCAGUUUUGUCGGACUCUAACACCAGGUCUGAGAGACAAAAGAAAAUGAUGUACUUUGGUGGCCACUCUUUGGAAGAGGAUUUGGAAUGGUCUGAACCUCAGAUUAAGGACUCUGGGGUAGAUACGUGUAGUAGCACAACCCUUAACGAGGAGCAUAGCCAUAGUGAUAAGCACCCUGUAACCUGGCAACCAUCUAAAGAUGGAGAUCGUUUAAUUGGUCGCAUUUUAUUAAAUAAGCGUCUAAAAGAUGGAAGUGUACCUCGAGAUUCAGGAGCAAUGCUUGGCUUGAAGGUUGUAGGAGGAAAGAUGACUGAAUCAGGUCGGCUUUGUGCAUUUAUUACUAAAGUAAAAAAAGGAAGUUUAGCUGAUACUGUAGGACAUCUUAGACCAGGUGAUGAAGUAUUAGAAUGGAAUGGAAGACUACUGCAAGGAGCCACAUUUGAGGAAGUAUACAACAUCAUUCUAGAAUCCAAACCUGAACCACAAGUAGAACUUGUAGUUUCAAGGCCUAUUGGAGAUAUACCGAGAAUACCUGAUAGCACACAUGCACAACUGGAGUCCAGUUCUAGCUCCUUUGAAUCUCAAAAAAUGGACCGUCCUUCUAUUUCUAUUACCUCUCCCAUGAGUCCUGGAAUGUUGAGGGAUGUUCCACAGUUCUUAUCAGGACAACUUUCAAUAAAACUAUGGUUUGACAAGGUUGGUCACCAAUUAAUAGUUACAAUUUUGGGAGCAAAAGAUCUCCCUUCCAGGGAAGAUGGGAGGCCAAGGAAUCCUUAUGUUAAAAUUUACUUUCUUCCAGACAGAAGUGAUAAAAACAAGAGAAGAACUAAAACAGUAAAGAAAACAUUGGAACCCAAAUGGAACCAAACAUUCAUUUAUUCGCCAGUCCACCGAAGAGAAUUUCGGGAACGAAUGCUAGAGAUUACCCUUUGGGAUCAAGCUCGUGUUCGAGAGGAAGAAAGUGAAUUCUUAGGCGAGAUUUUAAUUGAAUUAGAAACAGCAUUAUUAGAUGAUGAGCCACAUUGGUACAAACUUCAGACACAUGAUGUCUCUUCAUUGCCACUUCCCCACCCUUCUCCAUAUAUGCCACGAAGACAGCUCCAUGGAGAGAGCCCAACACGGAGGUUGCAAAGGUCAAAGAGAAUAAGUGAUAGUGAAGUCUCUGACUAUGAUUGUGAUGAUGGAAUUGGUGUAGUAUCAGAUUAUCGACAUGAUGGUCGAGAUCUUCAAAGCUCAACAUUAUCAGUGCCAGAACAAGUAAUGUCAUCAAACCAUUGUUCACCAUCAGGGUCUCCUCAUCGAGUAGAUGUUAUAGGAAGGACUAGAUCAUGGUCACCCAGUGUCCCUCCUCCACAAAGUCGGAAUGUGGAACAGGGACUUCGAGGGACACGCACUACUACCAGACAUUAUAAUACAAUUAGCCGAAUGGAUAGACAUCGUGUCGUGGAUGACCAUUAUUCUCCAGAUAGAGACAGUCAUUUUCUUACUCUACCUCGCUCCAGAUACAGUCAGACCAUUGACCAUCAUCACAGGGAUGGCAGGGAUUGUGAAGCAGCAGAUAGACAGCCAUAUCACAGAUCCAGAUCAACAGAACAACGGCCUCUCCUUGAGCGGACCACCACCCGCUCCAGAUCCACUGAACGUCCUGAUACAAACCUCAUGAGGUCGAUGCCUUCAUUAAUGACUGGAAGAUCUGCCCCUCCUUCACCUGCCUUAUCGAGGUCUCAUCCUCGUACUGGGUCUGUCCAGACAAGCCCAUCAAGUACUCCAGUGGCAGGACGGAGGGGCCGACAGCUUCCACAGCUUCCACCAAAGGGAACAUUGGAUAGAAAAGUUAAUGAAGAAACUGAGCAUGUGGAAGAGCAGGGGGAAGAAAAGCAGGGAGAAGAGGUCAAGGCAGGUACUAUGGAUAUAGAGGAGAGAAAUCGCCAAAUGAAAAUUAACAAAUACAAACAGGUAGCCGGAUCAGAUCCCAGACUGGAACAAGAUUACCAUUCGAAGUAUCGAUCAGGAUGGGAUCCUCAUAGAGGGGCAGAUAAUGUUUCUACUAAAUCUUCGGACAGUGAUGUAAGUGAUAUAUCUGCGGUUUCAAGGACUAGUAGUGCUUCUCGUUUCAGCAGCACAAGCUACAUGUCUGUCCAAUCAGAACGCCCAGGAGGAAACAAGAAAAUCAGACCAAAGGGAAUAGAAGAGGGAGGGAAAGAAGGGGGUAAGCAUGAAGAGAUAGUUCAUGAGAAGGAAGAGGUAAAGGAAGAAAGAAUUAAUGAGAAUGAGAAAGGGAAAGAGAUUGCCAAAACGUGUAAUAAGGAGAAAAACAGAAAAUCAGGAGACGAGGAAAAACCACAAGAUAUACACGAGCAAGGGAAAGAAAAAGAACAGUGGAAUAAAGAGAAUUUGCAAAGGAGAUUCUCACAGGAUGAUGCCAGUGUCUUUACAUCCAAAAUGCAAAGCAGACAAGUGGGCAUAUCAGGGAAGAACAUGACAAAAAGCACCAGCAUCAGUGGAGACAUGUGCUCACUGGAGAAGAAUGAUGGCAGCCAGUCUGACACUGCAGUGGGCGCCUUGGGCACCAGUGGCAAAAAGCGGCGCUCUAGCAUUGGUGCCAAAAUGGUAGCUAUCGUUGGUCUGUCACGGAAAAGUCGCAGUGCUUCUCAGCUCAGCCAAACGGAAGCAGGAGGUAAAAAACUAAGGAGCACUGUCCAAAGAAGUACGGAAACAGGCCUGGCCGUGGAAAUGAGGAACUGGAUGACUCGACAAGCAAGCCGAGAGUCUACAGAUGGUAGCAUGAACAGCUACAGCUCAGAAGGAAAUCUGAUUUUCCCUGGUGUCCGCUUGGCCUCUGAUAGCCAGUUCAGUGAUUUCCUGGAUGGCCUUGGCCCUGCUCAGCUAGUGGGACGCCAGACUCUGGCAACACCUGCAAUGGGUGACAUUCAGGUAGGAAUGAUGGACAAAAAGGGACAGUUGGAGGUAGAAAUCAUCCGGGCCCGUGGCCUUGUUGUAAAACCAGGUUCCAAGACACUGCCAGCACCAUAUGUAAAGGUGUAUCUGUUAGAUAAUGGAGUCUGCAUAGCCAAAAAGAAAACAAAAGUGGCAAGAAAAACGCUGGAACCCCUUUACCAGCAGCUAUUAUCUUUCGAAGAGAGUCCACAAGGAAAAGUUUUACAGAUCAUCGUCUGGGGAGAUUAUGGCCGCAUGGAUCACAAAUCUUUUAUGGGAGUGGCCCAGAUACUUUUAGAUGAACUAGAGCUAUCCAAUAUGGUGAUCGGAUGGUUCAAACUUUUCCCUCCUUCCUCCCUAGUAGAUCCGACCUUGGCCCCUCUGACAAGAAGAGCUUCCCAAUCAUCUCUGGAAAGUUCAACUGGACCUUCUUACUCUCGUUCAUAGCAGCUGUAAAAAACUGUUGUCACAGCAACCAGCGUUACAAAAAAAAAAAAAAAAAAAAAAUCACAGGUUGCAAACCCUGGUAACACUGCAUGCUUAAUGUUGUGUCUUCUGAGCCUGUUUCUAGGGAUACAAAGCGAUCCUGUGUUCUCAGAGGAAGUUGCACACAUUGUGCCCUAAAGAAGGCCCUCAGGUGAAAGAGCAGAGCUGUGAAGAACUAUCAGGUUUGGAAUUCAAGGACACUCGAGUUCUGGUCCAAUCUGAAGCCAUGGAUUAAUCUCAAAGAAUCAGUCAGUUUCAUGCAACAGAAGCCCUUUUCAAUGGCACCUUUAUAUUUUUAUCGUUCCUUUUUCUUCAUUUAUCUAACCCCAAAGCCCUGAUAUGCCACAGAAAUGGAGCUAUACAGCCAUGAAGUGGUGUUACAGGUGAGGAGUGAAAUCCUAGGAAGCAUCAGGUGAAAAGCAGGAGACCAAAGAAGUGGUCAGGAACAAUCAUCAGCCCUCCUCUGGGCGGGGAUCAGAGCAGUCAGUCCAGCAGGAAGAGUGGCAGACUCUGUAGCUCCAUGGGCACGUCAUUUACUAAUGCCAAGAUGUGUUGAACUCUGAAAAACAAAAUUCUGUGGCUGCACUGUACUGAAUGAAAUUAAAGAAACUUUUUUUGCAUGGACACAGAUUAGCUGAAUACUUAAAUUAUUUUCUUGGGGCUGCAACUUGCAAAAAAAAAAAAAGAAUAAAAAUCAGCCAUUUUCAACAAUUUAUAUUAUUUUUAAAAAUAAAUUUCACUAGUGCAUGGUUUUAAAAAGGAGAGAGAAUGCAACAGGGUGAUACAAAGAUACACCAUGUUUAUUCUUUAAUCAUAGUCUGUGUUUUGGCAGACAUUACAAAUGGAAAUACUUUCUAGAAGAUACUUAAAAUUCUCUUUAUGUGACAAAUAAGUAUAAUAUAUUCAAUUUAUUUCCAUGUUAAAUAUACAAAUCUUAUGAAGUUCAAUAUGUGCAAAUUUUUCACAUCUUUCUCCUUCUCUCACUUUUCCUCUUCUCCCUCUUUUAAACUUUUCUUUCUCCCGCCAGAGUGAACCUUAUACUAAAAAAUUACAAGUUUUGAUCUGAUCCUCUCUUAUACCCCAUGUUUGAUUCAGAGCUGUAGAUGCCUCUGAAUUUGUGAAUUUCUCAAGGGAAAAAUAACUUUAAGAGCUUUCUUUAUUUCAAGCAUGUUGAAAAGGAUUUUGCAACAUGACUUGGGAGUACAUUAAAGUAAGUCAGCAUGUAUUUGACAAAGAAGAUAUUUGAACUUUUGCAGUUUAUUGUACAGUGCAUGGUAAUUUUUUUUGCCUUUAAAAUUCAGUUUACAGGAAAAUUCUAAAAUCAUGUUGCCGUUGUGAUGUCCAAUAAAUUUGUUUUUAGCACCAGCAUUAUUCAUACAGGGGUUAUUAAAGUAUUAUUUGUGGAAGGUCUUAGGUUUUGUUUGUUUUUUAAUCAGUUAAAGCAAUUUCUUUAGCCAGUUUCCAUUUACUAUGUGAAUAGAAGCACUGCUAAAAAUUGGGAACCCUGAAACACAGGGCUAUUUAUUAAUUCAUUUUUCUGUAGUAAAAUUCAAUUUUUCACAAAUUAUAUUUCUAAAGAAAUAUAGUAAACAUAAAUUUGCAACAAUUUUAAAGCUCCAAUUUUUAGGUGACUCAAAGAAAGUCAUUAUGCCUAUUAAUAGUUAUUUGAUGCCAUCACCAAAAGUCUAUGUGAAAAUCUCCUAAAGUCAAAACCCCUGCCUUUGGUUUUACAGACCGUUAUUACCAUUGGGUGGUGCUGCAAGGUCAAAAUUCUCCUAAGUUCCCCUAUUUAGAGGAAAAGUCACUGGUUAUUGUAAUAAACCACCCAUAGUUCUUUAUGUACAUUUUGAUAACACAUUAUUAUAGCUUGAUUUUAAUUUUUUGCAUUAAUUUUUGAAAUCCACAUACAUCUCAUUUGUUUAAAUUAAGGCCAUGCACAAGUAUUUUUUUUAAUUCAGUGCUGACCAUUAAAAACUAUCAUGCUUGAUACAGUGCAAAAGUUAAAAUGAGUAUCACUAAAAAUGCCUUCUCUUUAUGUGGUGCAAUAUGAAAUACACCAAGACUGUGUCUUGACAUUCUGAUGGACCCAGGUAAAGUUGUUAAAAGAACGAAUAAAACUUUAUUAAAGUAAUUUAGACACCUGUGUACCAGCAACAAUUGAUUCAAUAGACCUAUAGUGUCUAUACUAUCCCUUAGAAUAAAGGUUUAUGAUUUUCCUGAUACUAAGAUGCAGUCACAUAAUCUUUUGUGCAUAUUCCUAUACAAAUUAUUUCUAAUUUUAAUAAGAAGGACGUGACUAUGGAAUAUUUGUACAUACUUGUCAUUAUGCAGUAUUUAUUUAAAAGUUGGUGGUUUUUUUUUAAUUUUCACAUCUGCACCUCGACUUGUGGUUUAGUCAUGUUAACUAGUACUAUGCCAGUGACCGUUGCUGCCCUGUACAUAGUAUGUUUGAAACGUAAAGGGAAUUCCAGUUGGGAAAAAAGGGCAGAUUAGUCCUGUAAUGAACACCAACUAAUGUAAAUCAAAUUCAUUCUGGUGAUGGUAUUUAACACUUUAAAUAAAACAUUUUCUUUACAGA